CCGGGUCAGAGUGUGUACUUCAUGUUAGCUAACAGGUUCCUCUCAAAGUGUUGCCUUUGGCAUGUCUCAUUUCUAAAAAGAAGAUUCGUGUUUCCAUGAUUUUCUUCUUUUAUUUAUCUUGUCGCCGGUCAUGAUCAGGUCAGUGCUGCUGAGCAGGUUAACCUCCCACAUCCUGUCUUGUACCAGAGGAUCAUGUGAAUUUACAGGUCGGAUACCUUACGGUGUGCAGCCUCGUUCACCAGGUCACACACCCAUCCAGCAGAGCUGCCAUGGACCUCUUAUACCUAAAAUCACAGCCCUGGUCAGGUACUCGGACUUGUCCACACAGAAAUAUACAAUGAUUUACACCCUGCCGCACAUUAAGUUCCUCAGAGCCGUGUCCAGACUCAAACUGCUCCAAACUGCAAUCACCACGGUCAUCUUGCCCCCAGUUUUCAUCCUCUACCUCCUUGGAGACGUCUCCUUCUUUCUUGUUAGCUACACAACGGGGAUAGCGCUGUUCGCUGGUGUCAUGCUGUACACUGCCAGUCACUUCUUCAGGAGGGUUGUGGGGAUGAUGUACCUGGACCCGUCCCAGACCACGCUCAAAGUGUCCCACCUCACCUUCUGGGGCAGGCGCCAUGAUAUCUACCUGCCUGUGUCAGAUGUUAUGACCAUCGGAGAUACAGGGGACUCCGUAAACGAGACGAUAUUGAAACUAAAGAGAUACAGCAGUCCACAGACACUGUAUUUCUCCACUCAUUUUGGACGUGUGGUGGACAAACAGGGUUUUGAGAAGGUGUUUGGAACUUAAAAAAUAUAAAUAAUUUGUUGUACGGAUGUGGAUGGUAAUAAUCAAGAGUGAAUUCUCCUAAUUAUUAUGCUCAAAAUAUAACUUGUUAUAAUGAGAAGGAUCCGUUCUCCAUGAAAAAUAGUUAAUCAAAACGUAAAGAUUAUACAGUGUAAGACUGUCGCUGGUAUAAUUUGUGAUAUGUUUUAUGUAAUAUGUUAGCUGUUAUUGGUCUGAAGCUUGUGAUUGAAAAGUAAGGAUGCAUAUUUGCGGGCCUCAGCAGGACUGUGGCCUUUAGAGUGGAACAACAUGCCAAGUGACCAGUGUUGGCAGUAAUAUGUUAAGAGUACUCAGAUUACUUUUGUUUGGUAACCACUGACUUAAUGUGUGAAGCAGAAAAAAAAGUAAAAUAAAAUCAAAGUCUCCUUGGUACAA